CUGCCAUGUUGGAAAGGCUGUCUGCCUGGUAACAGCCUGCUAACAGCCAGCGGGAUGAUGAGAGGCGGAGCCCCGUCACUCGGCUCACAGUCUAACUACCGCUAGUAGGCGCUCCAUAGUUGUGUAGAACCUUUUCUCGUUUGUUUAUCAACAAAAAGCGCUCGUCAUUCCUCGUUCGCACUCGUUGAUUUCCGUAGUUGGUACGGGAACAUGGCGAGUAUGAGUUUACGAAGCUCUGGGUCUUUACUGUCGUUUUUCAGCAGGAGACUCUUUAAACCGGAGCUGAGCGCAGGCUGCUUGUAUCACAAAAAGGUUGUGGACCACUAUGAAAACCCAAGAAACGUGGGCACUCUGGACAAAAACUCCAGGAAUGUGGGGACUGGAUUGGUGGGUGCACCAGCCUGCGGUGAUGUUAUGAAACUUCAGAUCCAGGUGGAUGAAAAUGGAAAAAUCGUGGAUGCAAAAUUCAAAACAUUUGGCUGCGGAUCGGCCAUUGCUUCCAGCUCUCUAGCAACGGAGUGGGUGAAGGGGAAGUCGGUUGAAGAUGCUCUGAAGAUCAAGAACACAGACAUUGCCAAAGAACUCUGCCUUCCUCCAGUCAAGCUUCACUGCUCAAUGCUUGCAGAAGAUGCCAUAAAAGCAGCACUGUCAGAUUACCGGCUAAAGCAACAGGACAAGAAGGAGGAACGCAUUAAAGCCAGCAAUUAAUGUUUUUAUUAACUAUCUAUAAUAAUAGAGCUCACUGAAAUAUCCCGUUGUUGGAUAUUAUGUCUCUCCUAGCACCAGUGCAGUGCAGAUGGGUUACCGUAAUCACAUUACAUUGGAUCUUGCAUCCUUUGGGGAGUUCUCCACAGCUUUGGGAUCAGUCUCUUGCAUUUAAGCCAAGAUUCCCAUAUUGGUCAUGUGCCAGAUGUUAAUAGGGUUUAUGGGUUCUUUUGUUCUUCAUCAGAUAGUUGGAAUUAACAAUGAGCUCAUGGUGAAGCUUAACACUUUAAUACACAGAGCAGAGAUCAUGGGUGUGUAUAUUUUUUUUUGGAUUUGAGGCCCAAUCUUGCUCUCUUGUAUAAAAUCUCAGGUCCCACAUAUGAAAAUGUCAACAGUUAGUGCUCACAUACAAAAACAGUACAGAAAAUGGUAUGGUGCUUUGCUUACUGUGAAUAAACAGAUUAAAAUAC